AUGUCAAAUGGAUUACGACAAUUCAAUCUUUUUACUGCUUGGGAACAACCAAAUGUAAUUAAUAUUGGCUAUUUGGUCAUCGAACGCCUACCUUAUUUGCAAGUCAUAGAACUAAAUGGUACGAAUUGUGAACUCGCUGAAAUGUCACGUAUACUUAUCAAUGGUCUUUCGAAAUUAAAUUUUCUCACUAUUAAUGGUUGUAUUAAACAUGAUAAACUUUAUGAUAAACAAUUGCGUGAUCUACAGAAUUCAAUUACGUGCUCUUUUCGGACAGAAGUUUCUAACACGACAGAUGAAGAUACAGUUUUCGUAUGGUUAUAA